CCAGCGUCCCCACAGACUUUAAUUAGGUUACUAUAUUAUAUGUCUACCUAUAAAUAGUACAACCAGGUGCCGUUAACCAAACAAUUCUCAACUCGUUCUUGAAUUCAAGAAAACCCAUUUCCUUCUCCUCUCUCUCUCUUUAAUCUUUAGCUAAAACCUUUCUUGUUGAUUUUCUUGCUUUCACUUCUUUUCUGGUAACCCAUUUCUUUCUUCUUUUCUUGUAGUAGUGUCAGCUGUGCAAGUUCUCCAAUGGAGGAAGCACUUAGAAGGCUAAAUGGAAUGACCCACCUCCAAGAAUCCAUAAUCCCACAAGAACCCAUCACCGACAACCAAAAAAAGAACACAAAUGGAUCCAGUCGCACCACCCCCACCCCCACCACCACAACCACUACAAACAAAAGGUCACUAAAAGAAACUAGUGGUGGCACUGGCUGUACCAUGAGGUACCGUGGAGUACGUAGAAGACCAUGGGGUCGUUAUGCAGCUGAAAUAAGAGAUCCUCAGUCUAAAGAAAGGCGUUGGCUUGGCACUUUUGACACAGCAGAGGAAGCUGCUUGUGCUUAUGACUGUGCAGCUAGAGCCAUGCGUGGCCUUAAAGCUCGCACAAAUUUUGUUUACCCUUCUUCUGAUCUUCACUCUACAACUGAUCACCAUUUCCUCCCUCCAUUUAAUUUCUCUAAACAAGCCCAACCAUCCGUUAGAGAUCUUCCUUCUCGCCAUUCUAACACUAAUUCUUCAAAUUGGUCAUCUUUUAGCAAUCCUCAUGUUGCUGACUUUUCUGGGUGUGCAACACAAAGGACUAGCGUAAAUGCUGCUUCUUCUUUGAACAUGCUUCUCUUUCGUGAUUUUCUUAACCCUUCUUCUGGUUAUAAUACUCCUCAGGGGUUAUACGAUCAGUUUCCCUCGUAUGUUAAUGGGCCUUCUAGUUCUAGUUGUACUUCUGUUUCUACUACUUCGAUGUCUAAUGCCUCUUUGGUGAAUCCUUCUAGUGGUUCGAAUGUUUCUGACACUUUUACAGGUUCGUCUCUGAGUUCUUUACCACUCGUUGAUGAUAAUCAGAACUAUAAUUCUUCUUCUGCUGCUGCUGGUGUAACUGGUUCUGAUAGGACUAAUGUUCAAGCUGAUACUUACAUGGAAUUUUUUCCUCAAGGGCCAUCUGAUUCCGGCCUGUUACAUGAGAUUAUUCAAGGGUUUUUGCCUAAAACUUCAUCUGAAAAGAUUGAUCACUCUUCAGAAAGCUCCAUAAAUUGCACUGGACAAUCAAUGGUUAAUGCACCAGUAUCUGAAAUAUCUCCUGGCGAGUUUAGGAGCAUCAAGAAUGAGCAUCUGGUUAAAAAUCAGAACUUGGGUUUAUAUCUUGAUCAUCACCAUGGAGUUCCUGCGCAAUUUGAGAGUUUUCAUGGAGUUGCUUCUCAUUAUCAUGUUCCGUACAGCAACGAUCAGCUUCUACAGAACCAUCAUCUUCUUCAUCAUCAUCAGAUUAUGGGUUCAGACUCCGUUAUAGAUGAUAUUUUCCAGUAUCCAGAUCUUAUGAGUGCCUUUGCUGCUAGAGUCCAGAAUGCUUGAAGGCUCUCUCCUCCUGGUUAUUGGUGCAAGUACUUGCGUUAGCUAGAAGAUUAAUAUGGUUAUACAUCAAAAAGCUGUGUUUUCCUAUUUGUGUUAGUCUCAUAAAUCUCUAUGAAAGUGAUGAAUGCUAAUCAAAUUUAGGGUUUCUGAAUGACAAUUAGCCUAGUUCAUUCAGAUUACGUGUGUCAUGUUACUUAAUGAUAUUAAUAUUGAAAUUUCUUGCUACAUGUCCUGCUA